AUGCCUAAAAAAUUGCCAGAAAUAGGGGCAGAUCAACCCGAUCUAGUCAAUACUUGUUGGAACAAAACUUCCUUUCGUCACAACGUUUUAUACAUUUAUUAUGCCUUUCGUUGGAAUGUUUUUACGUGGAGAUUGAAGGAAGCUGCCCUAUUUUUUGAGUCUGUAAAUGAUAAAAAAGAAUGGGAAAAGUUGUUGAAUGAUGCGAGAAAUGCCUUGUAUAGACCUAAACAUUUGUUGGUCUUUAUUAAUCCGUUUGGUGGAAAAGGAAAGGCUAAUGGAAUAUGGACGGAUGAGGUAGAACCAUUUUUCAAACUUGCAAAUAUUACUUAUGAAUUGAUCAAAACUGAAAGAGCAGAUCACGCAUUAGAAACUGUUAGAGAACUAGAUCCUGUCAAAUGGGAACUUUUGGAUGGAAUAGUUUCUGUUGGUGGUGAUGGCCUUUUUAAUGAAGUUCUUUCUUCUGCUAUUAUUAGAACGCAAUUACAAGCCGGCAAAAAUUACAACAAUGAACAAAUUGAUAUGUUAACUACUCCAAGAGUACGUUUUGGAAUUAUCGGGGCAGGUUCUGCAAAUUCAAUAGUGUCGUCUGUUCAUGGAAUUAAUGAUUGCCCUACAGCAGCUAUACAUAUUGCUAUUGGGAGUAGAUGUAAUAUUGAUGUUUGUGCUGUAUAUGAAGAUGGAAAUUUGUUGCGAUUUUCUGCUGAUGCAAUCUCUUAUGGAUGGUUAGGAGAUGUUCUUCACGAUUCUGAACGUUAUCGCUGUCUUGGACCUAUUAGAUACCAAUAUUCUGCUCUACGUACAUCAAUUCGUCAUCCAACAUAUUUUGGCCGUGUUUCCUUUGCUUUAAGUCAAGAACAUGUUCCAAAUGCUUUAGAUGAUGAUGAUACAGGCUCUGGACCUUCAAAUCCAUUAAAAAUACCUGUUUGUACAGAUGAAUGUGAUUUGUGUUCAGGAAAGGUUCCAGUCGAUCCAAGAUAUCCUUUCCAUUGGCAAUCUGAUUUUACUCAUGUUAUUUGUUGUGUAAUACCUUGUGUUUCGCCUUUCACGCCUUAUGGUCUAGCACCUUAUACUGGGUUAAACGAUGGAACUAUGGACUUGGCUCUAAUUCCAAAAGUUUCCCGAUUCAAAAAUAUGCAAAUAAUGAGAAAAGUAGCAAUGUAUGGCGCUCGUUUUAUUCGAAGUGAAUAUCCGGAUGUUAAAGUUUUUCGUGUUUGUCGAUGGAAGUUUACACCAAAAUCGCUUGUUUUAAAUUCUGGUGAAGGUGAAACUGUAAGAGAAGAUGAAUCUGGUGCUUGGAAUUUGGAUGGAGAAAUUCUUCCUCAACCGCCAAAUAAAUCUUUAACCUUCAGGUUUUUUUUUGGAUUUUUUGUAAAGAUUUUUUGUGGGUUUCCGUUAUAUCACCCAUUUCUUUUAUUUAGGGUAGCACCCCGUCCCUCGACGAAUUUUUAG